AUGAUGCCCGCCAUUAUCUUGUUCCUUGGAGGAGACUUUAUAUUGGUAAUGAUGGUUUAUACCCUGCUUUCAAUGGUCAAUCGUUGUAUUGGUGACGCUGCUCGUGAUGUUGUACUGACACCAGAUGAUAUCCCUUUUGGAUAUAAUCCUCAACCUGUAAUUCCUGAAAGUCGUGCAGCUCCAUAAAUUGAAACUUUUGCAUCUCCUGAAGAAGAACAACCAUAUUGGGGAGAAGAAGAAUAAGAAUUUGUUCCUGUUACACCAGAUGCAGUUCCAAAUGUUUUACCUGAAGAAGAACAACCAUAUUGGCCAGAAGAAGAGGAAGAGUUUGUUCCUCCUGCUCAAACAUUUGCAUCCCCUGAAGAAGAACAACCAUAUUGGGGAGAGGAAGAAUAAGAAUUCGUCCCACCACCUGUAAGUCCUCCAGUUAUUCCUGAUGAAAUUUAACCAGAACCAUUACCUGAGCCUGAACCAUAACCAGAACCUGAAGCUGCUCCUGCUCCUUCACCUAAACCAGCUCCAGGACCAGCUCCUCCUUCUGAACCAUAAGUUCCAGUUGUCAAAGAAUGUGAAGCAACAAUUGAUGUCACUAAAGAAAAUGCUGCAGAUAUUUUAUGUGCUAAUUCUGAGUAUUUAGCUUAAUUAGCUUCUGGCCAUG